AUGUCUGAAGGUCGUCAGACCCCCGAUCCGGCCGGUCCGCCAGAUCAACAUGGUACUGCUCUAUCAGCCGUGCCUGGAACUGCAGACACUGAUAAAGCGAAAAGUAGCGUUGGUACAGCACAAAUGAAAACCGCGUUUGAUGAUGGUGCCUUAAAAGUGAUGGAAGAUGAAUUUCAACAAGUUUUAAAUGAACUAAUUGGUGGAGAUCGUUCAUUAGAAAAAUUUCGUAUUGAAUACGAAAAGUUACACAAAGCGCUGUUAAAAUCACAUGAUAGUGAAAAACGUCUAAUGCAAAAAUGUCGAGAAUUAAAUUCAGAAUUAGUUACAAAUUCAGCUAAAGUUCAAGCAGCCGUAAAAUUAUCCGAAGAAGAUAAGGGUGCAAUAGCAUCAUUAAGAAAAGAAAUUGAAAAAGCUUGGAAAAUGGUUGAUGCAGCACAUGAAAAAGAACAACGAGCAAAAGAAACCAUACAAAGUUUAAGAAUAGAAAUUAAUAAUUUAAGCAAAUUAGUAGAACAAGGAGCAGGUAUUAGCCAAGGUCAAGAACAAGACGUGAAUGAUUUACUAAAAAUGCGUGAUGAAUUAACUCAGGAACGUGAUAAGUUACUGAAUGAUAUUACUCAACUACGUCGAGAUUUAGAUGACAAUUCUUAUAAACAAAGUGAUUUAGAAAAACAAAUUCAAGAUGCUAAUUCACAAAUAAAUACCUUACAAGAAAAAAUAACGGCAGCUAAAACUGAAAACAUGAAAGAAGCCAAGAGACGAGAGCAAAUUGAAACUGAAUUGAAACAAUCGAAACAAGGUUUAGAAAUGAAAAAUGCCGAAUAUAAAGCUCAAACACAACAAUUUGAUAUACAAUCUCAAGAAUUGAAAAAGUCACAACAACAUCUGAAACAGUUAAAAGAAGAUAAUAUCAGACUUUCAAAAGAGAAUCAAAUAUUGCAAGUGCGUCUUGAUACAACUCGCGGUCAAUUUACCGAAUUGGUGACUUCAAAUGAAAAGUUAGCCAACGAUUGUGCACGACGAGUUGUUGAACUCAAAGAAAAAGAAGACGAAGUAAAUCAGUUGAAAAAAGAACGUGAUAAUGAACAAAAGAAGAAGGAUCAUGUUGAAAAACGUUUACGUACCGUUGAAGAACAAGCAGCCGAUAUUGAACAACAACGAGAACGUUUACGUGGAACAAUAUCGAGUUUAGAACAAGAUAUUGAACGUCAUCGUAAAGCACAAGAAGAAUCACGACGACAAAUUGAUACGUUAACACGUGAACGAGAACAAUUAAAUAAAACAUGCCAAAAAUUAGUUGCUGAUAAUCAAAAACAAACUGAUCAAGUUAAAUCAUUUGAUCAAAGUAAAAAGACAUUAGAACAAGAUAUUACUAAUUAUAAAGAAGAAGCAAGUAAACAACGAAAAAUUAUAUUAAAAAUGGAAAAAGAACGAGAUAGGUAUAUUACUGAAGCUGGUCAAUUAACCAAUCAAGUAUUGGCACUAAUGGAAGAAGUCAAAAAGAAAGAAUUGGAAUUAUUUGAUCAAAAAAAGAAAAUAGCCGAAUUAGAAACACGUUUGAAACAACAACAAAACUUGUAUGAAGCAGUUCGAAGUGAUCGAAAUCUAUACAGUAAAAAUUUGAUUGAAUCACAAGAUGAAAUAGCCGAAAUGAAACGUAAAUUAAAAAUAAUGAAUCAUCAAAUUGAUCAAUUAAAAGAAGAAAUUCAAGGUAAAGAACAAGAAUUAGUUCGAGCACAAAGUGAACAUGAAAAAGUUAAAAAAGAAAAAGAACAAUUGACAUUAAAUGUUGAUCAAUUGAAAAAUGAAGCAAAAAAGAAGGAAGAAGCGUAUGCUAAUCAACAAUCUGAAUUUGAACGAUUAAAUAAACAAUUAACAGAAGCAAAUGAUGAACGAAAAAAACAAAUGAAACAAUUACAACAAGUAAUAGCUGAACGUGAUGUAUUAGGUACUCAAUUAGUUCGUCGAAAUGAUGAAUUAGCAUUAUUAUAUGAAAAAUUAAAAAUUCAACAAUCAACAUUAAAUAAAGGUGAAUUACAAUAUAAAUCACGUUUAGAAGAUUUAAGAAUAUUAAAAUUAGAAUUAAAAAAAUUACGACAUGAAAAAGGUACAUUACAAGAUAAAGUAUCAAAUACGGAUGAUUUAAAACGUGAAGUAUUUCAUGUACAACGUGAAUUAUUACGUGAAAGAACAAGAUGUCGAGCACUUGAAGAAGAAUUAGAAAAUCCAAUGAAUGUUCAUCGUUGGAGAAAAUUAGAAGGUUCUGAUCCAUCAACAUUUGAAUUAAUACAAAAAAUACAAUUAUUACAAAAACGUUUAAUAACUAAAACAGAAGAAGUUGUACAAAAAGAAUUACUUAUACAAGAAAAAGAAAAAUUAUAUGCAGAAUUAAAACGUAUUUUAGCUCGUCAACCAGGUCCAGAAGUUGCUGAACAAUUAUCCAUUUAUCAAGAAACAUUAAAAGCUAAAACAAAACAAUUAAAAGCACUUGCCUCUGAAGUAAAUAUGUAUGAAAGUCAAAUUGAUGAAUAUAAAUAUGAAAUUGAUAAAUUAAAUCGUCAAUUAAUUGAAGUAAGACAAAAAUAUUUUAUUCAAAAGAAAAAAGAGAAUAUGACAAAAGAAAAAGAACGAAUUCAACAAUUACAAAUGACACAACAAAUUCAAACAGCUAGUGGAAUUCCAAUUCAACAACCAAUUGAUCUUAUUCAACCAAAUCGAUCUGAAAAUGCACAAAGAUUUACGGGUGGAGGAUUUAAUUUGAAACCAUCGGUUAAAACUGGACAAGUUACAGCAUAA